AAGCAGCUUUCCCUGCCUCAGUUUCUCGUCAUUUCCUGAAUCCUCACCCUUCUCUCUCGCUUUCUUAUACGCCGCCUUACUGCGGAUUUUUCUAAUUCCGGUCUUCAGUGUUUCCCUGUAGUUUCAUUUCCCGGCGAAAAUGGCAGGAUCUGGAGUUGUAGCUGUGUACGGGAACGGAGCUCUCACCGAGACAAAGCAAUCCCCCUUCUCCGUGAAAGUCGGAUUGGCUCAAAUGCUCCGCGGCGGCGUCAUUAUGGACGUCGUCAACGCCGAGCAGGCUCGCGUUGCUGAAGAGGCGGGAGCCUGCGCCGUCAUGGCCCUUGAACGAGUCCCCGCUGACAUCCGAGCCCAAGGCGGCGUCGCCAGAAUGAGCGACCCUCAACUCAUUAAGGAAAUCAAACAAGCGGUCACGAUUCCGGUCAUGGCGAAGGCUCGAAUCGGUCAUUUCGUUGAAGCACAAAUUCUGGAGGCCAUUGGUAUCGACUAUGUGGAUGAGAGCGAGGUGCUUACUCUCGCCGAUGAGGAAAACCACAUCAACAAGCACAAUUUCCGCAUUCCCUUCGUCUGCGGCUGCCGUAACCUUGGCGAGGCGCUGCGGCGCAUUCGCGAAGGUGCGGCGAUGAUCAGAACCAAGGGCGAGGCCGGCACCGGCAAUAUCAUUGAGGCGGUGCGUCACGUGCGGUCCGUGAUGGGGGAUAUCAGGCUGCUGAGGAACAUGGAUGACGAUGAGGUCUUCACGUUCGCCAAGAAGCUUGCUGCGCCGUACGAUUUGGUGCUGCAGACGAAGCAGCUUGGGAGGCUCCCGGUAGUUCAAUUUGCCGCCGGUGGUGUAGCGACGCCAGCCGAUGCAGCGCUGAUGAUGCAGCUCGGUUGUGACGGCGUGUUCGUCGGGUCCGGCGUGUUCAAGAGCGGCGACCCAGCGAAACGAGCCAGAGCGAUUGUCCAGGCCGUUACUCAUUACAACGAUCCAGAGGUGCUGGCGGAAGUGAGCUGUGGGCUCGGCGAGGCAAUGGUCGGACUGAACUUGAACGACAAGGUUGAAAGGUUCGCCAGUAGAUCGGAGUAGGUUAUCUUCUCCGUGGAUUCUGCGUGUGUUGGAUCUGGGAACUUAUAGUUUCUAGCAAUUUACGUCUAAACAUAUAGCUAGCUAUAAGGACUUCGAUUUCCUGUUUGGAUUGAAUGGCUUUCAAAUCCCCUCUUUAUUCCUUCUAGAACAUCUUCAAUUAUAAUGUUACUUCAACAAUCCUCUGUGUUUCAUUUCUGAUGGAUUUUUUACACCUUUGAAUGUAUUGGAUUUCUCAAGAUUAU